ACAAGGCGAUCGAAAUUCAGAGUGAUCUUGAAGUUGGAGAAAAGAGAAAAGUAAAAUGCAGUCAAUGAAGGAAACAGCAGCCAACAUGGCAGCCUCUACUAAAGCUGGAAUGGAGAAGACGAAGGCCACUGUGCAAGAGAAGGUGGACAAGAUGCAAGCUCAUUCUCCAAUGGAGAAAGCAGCGGCGACUGAAAAGAAAGAAGAGAGGCUAACACAAGCAGAAAUCAACAAGCUGGAUGCCAUGAAGCAGAAUGCAGCUGCAAGACAUAAUUCACCCCAAGUUGGUGGCAGCAAUCCAGGUUUCACAGCUGCGACCGCUAGUCCAGCCAGCGGAGUCCAACAGAUGUCGGCAAUGCCGGGACAUGGCACUGGGCAGCCCACGGGUGGGUACGUAGCUGAAGGGGUUGUGGAGUCUCACCCAAUCGGAUUAGAUAGUGGGACGGGGCAAACCAUGGCCCAUAACACACGGGCCGGAGGGAACCCACCGGGUCCAUACCACAGUACCGGUGGCACGUAUAAUUAAAAGAGUGUUGAAUGUGAAGUGGGUUAUGGGGCUUUACAUUUGACAUUGCCUUUUAAGGGAGGAGAAGGUUGUUUUGUAUUCUCCUAUCGAAAGUAUUUUUUGUGUUUUUGUCGUUUUCUUUACUUGAAAUUUAAUAAAGAGUUGUGAUACUUGUGAAAACCGUUUUAAUUUA